AUUUCUAUUGCAUGGUAGAUUGUUGUGGGCAGUGGUGCUUCUGGAAGUAGGCUACUGAUCUGGUCGAAUGGGGCUGCAUAUUAAGGACAGGAAUUGACUUGUCAUUCAACGAUGGAACGGACUUCAAUGCUAUGCUUUUUGUUAUUUACUUUGAGUCAAACACUUGUGCCCCUGCAGGUGGCAGCUGUGCUGAAUCAGAGGAAAAACUGAUGAACUGGCUGCUGUCUAAAAACCGAUACAACAAACUGAUCCGUCCCGCUAUCAACCGAGCUGAACGCGUCACCAUAAGACUGCAAGUGUCCCUGGCUCAGCUCAUCAGCUUGAAUGAGAGAGAACAAGUCAUGACCACCAAUGCUUGGCUAACACAGUUAGAAACCCUUUGUUUUCUUCAGCAUUGGGUUGAUUACAGAUUGAGCUGGGACCCUUCACAAUAUGAGGGAAUUGAAAAGCUUUAUAUUCCCUCCCGGAACAUAUGGCUUCCUGAUAUUGUGCUGUACAACAAUGCUGAUGGAACCUAUGAGGUGGCUGUCUUUACAAAUGUGAUCGUCCAAUUCAACGGCAGCAUCUCAUGGCUUCCACCAGCUAUCUACAAGAGCGCCUGCAAGAUUGAUGUCAAGCACUUCCCCUUUGACCAGCAGAACUGCACGCUCAAGUUCCGCUCUUGGACGUAUGAUUACACAGAGGUUGACCUGGUCCUUAAGGCUGAGGUGGCCAGCAUGGAUGACUUCACUCCCAGUGGGGAGUGGGACAUCCUGGCCCUUCCUGGGAGACGGACGGUCAACCCUUUGGACCCUACCUACGUGGAUGUGACUUAUGACUUCAUCAUUAAGAGAAAGCCCCUGUUCUACACCAUCAACCUCAUCAUCCCCUGCAUCCUCAUCACCUCUCUGGCCAUCCUGGUCUUCUACCUGCCCUCUGACUGCGGUGAGAAGAUGACCCUGUGCAUCUCUGUGCUGCUGGCCCUCACCGUCUUCCUGCUCCUCAUCUCCAAGAUCGUCCCUCCCACCUCGCUGGACGUUCCUCUGAUUGGCAAGUACCUGAUGUUCACCAUGGUUUUGGUGACCUUCUCCAUUAUCAGCAGUGUGUGCGUGCUCAACAUUCACCACCGCUCCCCCAGCACCCACACCAUGCCCGCCUGGGUCCAGCGGCUGUUUCUGGUCCGGCUCCCGGCGCUGCUCUACAUAAGCCGCCCGCAGGACGGCUUGGCCCAGCCAAGGCUCCAGCACCAGAGGCAGCUGCAGGCUUGGAGGGCCGCGCAGGGGACGGACCGCCCAUCUGUUCAUACGGCCACCGUCUCUUCCACCAUAUUACAGCCGUCUACCGCCGCCCCCUUCCACCUCAAUCUGUCUGUGAAACAAACCAACCAGCGGCGCUCUGGGGUUGCACCGGAAGUUCUCGCCAGGGCCCCAGAUCUUCACAGAAAGGCUGACCUGGCCCUGCGACCCAACCUGCAGGAGGCUGUGGAUGGAGUGUGCUUUGUGGCCGAUCACAUGAUGGGGGAUGAUGAUGACCAAAGCGUGAUUGAGGACUGGAAGUUUGUGGCUAUGGUGGUGGACAGGUUGUUCCUGUGGAUCUUUGUGAUUGUGUGUGUGGUUGGAACCCUUGGGCUCUUCCUCCAGCCAGUUUUUCACGGCCCGACAGUUCCUGUCCAGAAAUCUGGCGCUGGACCUCCAAUAAGAGAUGGUAUUUAAACUAAUGGUGCCUGACUCUUAUGAAGCUUUGUCAGCCUGCCUUUCUUCAAACCCCUUUAGAGCGUAUUGCUCCCUCUGAUAGGAAAUACCCAUAGUGCCAUGCUAUCUGUUGUGUUCAGGAAUGCAUACAGUGAAAAGCACAAGAUUAAUGUCAUCACAAGUACAGUGCUCAUGACUCCCAUAUCAAAGGGAAUGUUAUUUUCUUGAGAAUUAUGGUUAGGUGUUCGAGUGUACAUUGUAUGGUCAUUAUGUUCAAUAACAAGACUAAAUGGGAGCUAGAAUGUUGAGGAUAAAUACUGACAUCAUUACCUCCCCCCCUUUGCUUAGUCACCAUUUCCCAUAAUGCUCUACUGUAUGUAACACUGUGUAUGUUGUAAUGUUGCAGAAUUUUAUGUUGCCACAGAAAAUAGAGAUGCUAAAAUGUACCUUUACCAGCAACUGCUUCAACAUGAAUACCAAAUACAAUCAAAAUCUGUCAGUUAGUUCAGAAUUUGCUGAUUUGUGUUUGUAUUAUAUAUAAUGAAUGUAACAUCUUAAAGUUAACAGUUUCUUCAUGUGUUUAUUGCUUCAUUUACCCAAGACAUUUGGAAGAUUUGCUCUUGCUGUUGCUCUUGCUGUUGCUCUCGCAAAAACAACAUUAUAAAGUCUGUAAAGGAAAUUAUGAUGUACUAGCCAAAACGUUAACCAUCACAUGGUUAAAUAAAAAUAUUGCUUCUUAUGUUUUUCAGCAUAAGUUGCAAGUUUUCAUUCUGGA